AUGAGCAAGAUUACAGUGGGCGUCCUGGCCUUGCAAGGCGCCUUUUACGAGCAUUUACAGCUUCUGCAAAAGGCAGCAGUGUCAGCUCCACCGCCAACUCAAUGGGAAUUCAUCGAGGUCCGGACAAAGGCGCAAUUGGAUGCGUGUGACGCCCUCAUCUUGCCCGGGGGCGAGAGCACAACCAUCUCCCUUGUUGCGGCCAGGUCGGAGCUGCUGGAGCCAUUGAGGGACUUUGUGAAGUUACACCGCAAACCAACCUGGGGCACCUGCGCCGGACUCAUUCUCCUCGCCGAAUCUGCCAAUCGCACCAAGAAAGGCGGCCAGGAACUCAUUGGUGGCAUUGACGUGAGGGUAAACCGGAACCAUUUCGGCCGCCAAGCAGAGAGUUUCCAGGCCCCCUUAGACCUGCCGUUUCUCGAGCAAGCAGACUCCCCGUUCAAUGGCGUGUUCAUCAGGGCCCCCGUGGUAGAGAAGAUUCUGCCGCAUCAGAUCGGUAUCCAGGUCGAAGAGAAUCAACGCGAAGAGACAGUGGUGGCCCCAUCGCGAGAAGUCAUAGAUGUGGCUGCGCAGAGAGCAACGGAAGACGACGUCCAAAUAUUGGCUAAAUUGCCCGGCAGAGCUGCACGAUUGAUUGCGAAAGAGGGAGUGAAUAUCGACGCCGAGAAGGAAACUGGGGAUAUCAUAGCAGUUAAGCAAGGCAAUGUCUUUGGGACAAGCUUUCACCCGGAGCUGACGAAUGAUCCUAGAAUCCACCUCUGGUGGUUGCGCCAGGUGCAGGAUGCUGUUCAGACGAGACACAAUGUUGUUGUAAGAUCACAAGUAGGCAGUUCGAAUUGA